AUGCACUGUUGCGCUACGGGAGUGUAUGAUAAGGAAAUCACGUUUGUGAUCCACAACUUCCUCAGCCUGUGUUAUGAGUACCUGGGAGGGGAGAGCACCAUCAUGGCUGAGAUCAGAGGAAAGCCCAUUGAGUCCAGCUGUGUGUACGGCACCUGUUGUCUCUGGGGAAGGACCUACUCCAUUGGCUUCCUCCGCUUCUGCAAACAGGCCACCCUCCAGUUCUGUGUGGUCAAGCCCCUGAUGGCCAUGAUCACAGUCAUCCUGCAGGCCUUUGGGAAGUACAGAGACGGAGACUUCAAUGUGUCAGGUGGUUACCUGUACGUGACCAUCAUCUACAACGUCUCGGUCAGCCUGUCCCUCUACGCUCUCUUCCUCUUCUACUUCGCCACCCGCGACCUGCUCGUCCCCUACAGCCCCAUGCUCAAGUUCUUAAUGGUCAAGUCUGUCAUCUUCCUCUCAUUCUGGCAGGGUGAGCAACUCACUCUCUCUCCUUAUAUCUCUUUUUAUUACUGCCCACGUCCAAUGCAGACAAUAUGUACACAUGCAAACCAGACAGAUUAACACACGUUCAGAAUCAUGGGUGUCAGGGUAUGAGACAAAUGCUGACUUUCCUCUACAAUUCUUUUUAUACUCAUUGUUUAAGAGUCAAAAUGUGAAUCCUUACAUCUCCCCCUGCUAUGAUAAUUGGUACACUUUU